AUGUCAUCCAAUAGGAAUUCACAUGAGUAUAAACUCAUCCGUGUGGAGAAUGUGUCAAAACUAUGGGUCACUCAUCAACAAAUAAAUGGAGGACAAAAACUGCUUAAGAGCUCAAACGGACAGAAAAAACGCAAAUUAAGUUUUAACUUAAUUCGCGUUUUCUGCCUGUUUGACCGCUUCCUUUUCAUUUCGUCAUUUGUGAGUGUUUUUAUUUAA